AUCAGCUUCUUCUUCUUUUCUCACCAAAAGUCACCGCGAGAAAUUUUUACGAAAGUGGCGUGGAGCAAAAGUUGUUCGCUCGUAAUGUUCCACGAAUACGGUUCCGUUUAGUGGUUACUUCCGGUCCGAAAGUAGUGCAAUCCGUCGCCGGUUCGCAAGAAUUACUGUCAAUAUAAUCUGAGGGUUCCUCGAAACCCCUCGGGCCGCCGCCACAAUGUCGGUCCACUACAAGUUCAAGAGUGCGCUCGAUUUCGACACCAUCACGUUCGAUGGGCUGCACAUCUCCGUGUCGGACCUCAAGAAGGCCAUCGUCCACCAGAAGCGCCUCGGCAAGACGAUGGACUUUGACCUGCAGAUUACGAACGCGCAAACCAAGGAAGAGUACGGUGACGAUUCGGUGCUGAUUCCGAAAAAUACCUCGCUGACGAUCGCCCGCGUUCCGCUCAAGAACGCCCCCAAGAAGAACUGGGAACCGAAGCGCUCGCAACGGGACGACACGGACAAUGCGUCCGGGCAAGGACCGGCGGCGAGAGCAGCGGAUUCGCGCAAGGGCCAGGAUGCGGCCGCGAUGCAGUCCAACGUCGAUCUGUCCACCAUGAACGGCACCGAGGAGGACAAGAUCCGCGAGAUGAUGUUCCAGAGUACGGCCGAGUACGACCCGACCAAAUUUAAGCACAGUUACCAGCGAAUCCGCGGCCAAUCGCAAACGGGGGAAGUCCCCGUCAACUACAAGUGCUACCGCUGCCACAAGCCGGGCCAUUGGAUCAAAAACUGCCCGCUCGGUCCAAUCCCCAAGGAAGCGAUGGAGGUGGUGAAGCGCACCUCGGGCAUCCCGCGGUCCUUCAUCGAGCGCGACAAGGACCCGGAGAACAACCCGAUCAUCCAGCUGCCCGCGGCGGUGCCCGAGGAGAAGCAGGUCAUCCCGGAGGACUUGAUCUGCGCCAUCUGUAAGGAUCUGUUCACGGACGCGGUGAUGAUCCCGUGCUGCGGCAGCUCGUUCUGCGACGAGUGCGUGCGGACGGCGCUGCUCGAGUCGGAGGACAACGAGUGCCCGGACUGCAAGGAGAAGGGCUCGUCGCCGGGCUCGCUGAUUCCGAACCGGUUCCUGCGGAACUCGGUGAACGCGUUCAGGAACGAGACGGGGUACACGAAGGCGCCGCAGAAGGCGAAUAACAAGCAAACCAAGCCGGUUGAAGAACCUGUGGCGUCGGAGCAGACAGCGGUUUCGUCGUCGACGAACGUCGCGGAAGCGCCCAUUGAGGGAGCGGAUGGCGAGGAGAAGAAGGAGCACUCGGCCGAGGAAGGUCAGCAGGAGUCUACGGAUCACUGUGACUUGCACGAAAGCUACGAAGAGGUAUCUCAACACGGAGAUAUCGGGUCACCGAAUGGGGACGACAAGGCGUUUGACAACGACUCGGAUUACGAGGACGGGAUAACGGUGACGGUUCCGCCAGCUCACGUGCAGAGUCGUGGGGCGUCCCGGCUGCACUACAACGGCCGAUCGUCGCACUAUCCGCGGCACGAGACUCCGCCCACGGGUGGUGGGUACGAAUAUCCGCGAGAGCCGUACAACAGUGGAACCAGUAGCAGCGGCGGAAGUCGCAGUGAACGCCCCGAGGUUAGUCACGAGGAGGGGAGGGGAGCAGGUGAGGAGUCACGAGCUCCGAAGCGCGAAGAAGACAAGGACGGAAGCUACAAUUCCGCCCCGGCGGGAGCUCCCAAGCACGAGUAUGGAUCACGUUCUCCGGAUUACCACCAGCCAAGCCGGGGACUUAUUCCGUUGCCAACGCGAGGCCAUCCACCGCAACAUCCCUCGAUGGGAGGACAUCCGCCCCAUUCGGGCUACAUGGGAGCGCCUCACCAGGGACCUCCCGGCCCCGGAUAUCCAGGAGCGCCCCACCCGGCGGCACCCCAUCCGUACCCUGGAGCUUAUGGAAUGCAACCCGGUUAUCCUCCACAACGUCCGUACGACCAUCCCGGCGGUAUGUACCAUGGUGAGCGACCUCCGCGGAUGAUGUACCCACCGCGGGGAGGUUACGCCCCUCAUCCGCCCCACAUGCGACCACGCCACAUGGCACCGAUGGGACCGGGUGGCUAUCCGGGCGUCCCCCACGUUGGAACUGGCGUCAUCGACGACCCGCUGGAGGCCUUCAAUCGGAUCAUGCGCGAAAAGGAACGUCGCAAGGAGCAGGAAGCGGCCAAGCAGGCCAGUCGGCACCGAUCGUCGCCGCACGCCGACCGCAGCCGUCGCUCGCGAUCGUUCGAGAACUCCGGCAGCGGAAAUCGGAGCAGUCGUCGCUCGGCGGAACGCGAUCGGCGUCGAUCUUCGAGGGCACGCUCGCCCGAUCGCCGCAGAACAUCGGAGGAGAAGCACGGUGGCGGAGAACGCAGCGAGAGGGAACGCGGCGGUGGUGAAGGUGGACGAGGAGGCGGAGGAGGUCGACGUCGCAACAGGUCCAGCUCGUACUCGAGCGGAUCGCGAUCGUACUCCAGAUCACCAGCGAAGCGUGGCAAGUCGCCGAAGAGACGCUCGUCGCGCAGUCCGCAGUACCGGGAGCGACGCUCCCGAAGCCGGUCCAAGUCGUUCGACGAAAGGAGACACUCCAAGCACAGCAAAGAUCGCAGCCGCGACGAACGUCGUGACGAUCACCGGGGCGAGUACCGUGACAAUCGGGAACGAUCGCCGGGCUACGGCUCGCACUACUCUGGCUAUCGCGGUGGUCGUGGCAGUGGUGGCUACCGCGGGGGAAUGCGAGGACGCGGCGGUUCCCGCGACGGAGGUUACUACCCGCGCAGUGGUUACGGUGGCGAGCGUGGCCACAUGCCCCAGCAAGGCCCGGACCAGUACGGCCACCCGGGCAUGGUCGACUACCACCAUCACGAUCCGUCGGUGGUGGGCAUUCCGCCGCAUCACCACGGAGUUGCUCCGAUGGGGGCCGGACCGGCCGGUGGAGGUCACUACGCGGUUCCGGUGCAGCAACAGCAGCAGCAGCAGCAAGUGAUGGCGGCGGGUGGAGGCGGUCCCGCUCCAAGCAGAUUCCCCCCACGUGACGUUGGUCGCGAUCCGUACAUGGGUGGCCACCCGGCCGUAAAGUCCGACUCGAUGGGAGGCUACUACGAUGAUCCUGCGGCGCGGCAAGUCCCCAUCCCGCAGCAGCAGCAGCCCCAGCAGCAAGCGCCGACUCCGAGCGUGGAGCCUCCACCGCCGGGCUUCGAAGAACAGGACACCUGGUCCGGCAAGCAGGAAUCGGACUACCGCGCACCAGCCAACGUGACCGCCAUUAAGACCGUAAGCGCGGAAGAGGCGGCGUACGGCGAUUACCACAAUACGCCAAAGAGCCGUGACCGGGACGAGCAGCGGGGCCACACACCGGUCAUGCGGGACGGCGAUCGUCACCACCACGAUCAGGACAAGGAGGGUGGAAGCAGCAGCAGCAAGAAGAAGAGUCGCGAUGACGGCGGCGAUCGUAGCCGGGAGGAGCGUCGGGUGCGGUCCAAGACGCCGGAUCGGCACGACAAGGACAAGUCGAAGCGGGGAGAUAGGGAGGAUCGUGGCGGUGACAAGGACAAGAAGCGACCUCGGGAUGUGAGCAAGGAUAAGCGGGGAGCGGAGAAGGAGCGCCACCGAGAGGCGGAGAAGAGUCGCGAGCGGGAGACGAAACGUAAGCAGAGAGAUUCUAGCGAGGAGGAAAAACGGGACAAGAAGAAGGACAAGGAGAAGAAGAAGCGAAAGAAGGAGAAGGAAGCGGAGAAGAAGAAGCACAAGAAGGAGCGGAAGGAAAAGGACAAGGACAAGCGCUCGAAGGAGGGAAAGAAGGAGCGCAAGACGGUGGAGAAGGAAGAGGCAGACAGUUCGCUGCAGCCGGCCACUCCGAAGCAUGCUCCGAGAAGGGAGGAAGGGGAGAAGGAGCAACCGCAGGUUGACACCACUCAAGAGUACAUGGCGCACGAGCUGGACGACACGCUGGUCAUUCCGGAACGUUGUCACGAUCUCAGCAAAACUGCCUCCGAGGGUGAGGACAAUUCGUACCGUGAGGAACCUUCCAGCAGUCACGAUCAACAGGAAGAACAGCAUCAGCAUCUUGAGGAGCAGGUCGACCAUAGCGAUCUGUACUCGGACAUCCCGGACAAGUAUGAGGGCGAUCAGCUGGAGAAAUCCGUGCUCGAGGGUCACCUCGGUGACGAGGAGGACGCCGACCUGGUCAACAGCAGCGGUGUCGCCGCCGAAGAUCAGGACGACAUCAAGCGCUCCGACUCGAUCCUAGACCUGCACGCCAACCUCGACUUUGAGGGAGAACUGGAAGAGGGCGAGCACCAGUCGCCCCCCAAGUUCAUCGGCAUCCCCGAGCUCUCCAAGUGGGAACUGGACGAGGACACCCCGCUCAUCUCCAGCACGGAACGCAAGGUCAUGCUGGACGAGGGAGGCGUGAACGUCGCCAAGCACGACGACUCGUCCACCAAGGUCACCAACGAGGUGCUGAAGCGGGCCGAGAAUGCGAUCUUUACGCGCGCCAUCAACGCCAUACGGCCCAUCGAGAUCAAGAAGAUCAGCGUCGAUCGACAGAAGCUGUACGCCAACGAGGGUGGCCACGAGCACGAGCACGACGUGGUGGAGAUCAAGAACGAUAAGCAGCAGGACGAACUGAAGCGGUUCCAGGUCACCGUCCCCACCAACGACGACCACGCGGAGCGCUCGGUCGAAAUCAAGGGCAUGGACGGCAAACCCGACGGUCGCGGCUCGCCGGUUCGCGCCUCCAUCAAGGAGCGCCUCGGCAACAAAAUCACCGACGUCAUCCGGGGCAGCAGCUCGAACACGUUCUCGCGUUCGCGCACCCCGCCCCAGUCGUCGACGUCGUCCGGCCUGCGCAAGGUCAAGUCUUCUACGGUGGGAUCAUCGUCUAAACUGGUGGUUGACUCGACCUCUUCGUCGGCUGCGGCCGCAGCGUCCUCUUCCCGGAAGCGAACGCGCAGCAAGUCCGCGGAUCGGGACCGGGGUCGGCGUGACGAUCGUGGCGGGCGCCGCGGCGAGGAGAUUAAGAUUAGCAGCAGCAGCAGUGGAGGCUCGCGGAGGGUGGACAUUGCCAGGAGGCUGAUCGUAUCGGUGCGGGAAGUUACGCCGGAGAAGCGGGCAGAUGGUGGGGGACGUUCGAAGGAUCGUCGCAGCAGGGAACGCGUCGCGAAGGAGCCUUUGCCGUCGGGUGGGGAUCGGAGUCGCGAUCGUGUGGUUAGGCGUAGCAGGGAACGGAGUCGCGAGAAGAGGAUGGAGAGGGAGCGGGAGAGGGAGAAGGAGAGGAAGCGUGGUGGGGAGAAGGACUCCUCGCGGAGGAAGUCACCGGAAAAGAGGGGAGAAGACAAGAAGGUGGCGCCUGAGCGGAGACGGGCUGAAGGCGACUCUGAACGACGUCGUCGGGAGCGUUCCGCUUCUCCAAGCCGUCGCAUCAAGGACGAAGAUCCGGGCAAACGCUUCGUGGAAGCCCUUGGCCGGGUCGUCCAGGAGGAAGUGGUCCCGGCGAAGAAGAGCAAAUCGGACAAAUCGCUGACCAGCAAGCCGGCAAAACCGGCCAGUUCGAGCGACUCGAGUAGCUCGGACUCGGAGUCUUCGUCGUCGGAUUCCAGUUCGGAUUCGGACGAUGAAGCUGCGGCCCGCAAGCGCAAAAAGCGCAAACACAAGAAGGAGAGGAAGCGCGCCAAACGGUCCGCCUCGACGGAUUCGGACGACUCGGGCGGUAAGAAGAAAAAGAAGAGCAAAAAGUCCAAAUCGGGAAAGAAGAAGAAGAAGGAGAAGAAGCACCGGAAGGGUGAGUGAGGUGAGCCUCCGUGAAAGUACAGUAUUCGAGCGGGAAUAUCGUCGAUUUGAGGGGAUUAUUGUACAGCAGAACACGCACUCGGUUUGAAUUCUCGUACGUUCUUUUUUUUUAUUUAAACUUGAUUCAACUCCAAACAACGCUAUAAGUUUGUAGUAAGCCUUUCAUACCACACUUAAGUUAAGUCAUACAAGCUCUUUUGCAAGACCGACCCUGAAUUCUGACCGGUGAAACCAAUGAAAUCGACUCACCUGCGAAUGGUCCUCUGCGCCUUCUGUAAACUAACAGUUACGUUAAAGAACUCUAAUAAAGCUAUAGAACUGAAGAAAA